GCUGGUGCUGCGCAAGAAGCAUGCCGAGCUGUACAAGAAGCAUGGGAAGCUGCCCCCCUCCAAGCUGGAGAUGCGCCUGGAGGAGAUGCGAAGAAUCGGCAAGCUUGUGCAGGAAGAGGCCCCUCCGGUGCUGGUGGUGAACGUGCAGGUCCACUCCGCCACCUUGCUGCAGUCGCUGGAGUCCAGGCAGCUGAAGGUGCGCCUGAAGGUGGAUUCGAAGGUGGUCCUCACUACCAAGACGGUCGAGCCGCGUCGGCCGAGCGGUCUCUACCGUGCAGUCGGUCGAAUCACCAGAGCCUGCCGAGGCUGUUCAGAGCCCAGAAUCCCGGCCCCGGAGCCGGCCGGCGACGCCGACGAGGGGCUCAGGAUUCCGUUCGAGGCUUCCGCUGA